UCGGGUUUGCGGGCUUCGGUAGGGUUUGCAGCCGCCGCGGUCUCUGCUGCGCUUGAGUGCGGGGCGGGCGGGCGGGCGCCGAGCGAGCCCGGGCCGGGAGCCGGGAGCCCGGAGCCCGGAGCCGGCUGCCGGAGGAGCUGCUGCUGCAGUGGCAUCUGGGUCGAUUUCCGUCCUACGAACACCGAGGCCGGCGCCCGGCGGCUUCUGCGCCCACCCGGGCCCAGGGAGGAGCGGGUCGGACACUUUUUAUUUUAUUUUGGAAGAAAGGGGCGAGUCCCGGCGUGAGCUUCCCUCCCGGCCUGGCUUGCUCCUCAGUGCGCCCCAGCUCCGGCCCGGGCUCUGGAGGAUGACUCCGGGGUCUGCCCUGUGUAUUCCAGCGGCAGCGGCUCCGGGAGGCAGCCGAAAGUAGUAACACUUGGUAGUAGCGGCUGGUGGAAAAGUGAGCCGAGGCAGCGCAGACUCGGCUCUCCCCGCGCCCCGGCGUCUGCAGCUCCUUCCCCUCGGCUCCCCGGCGGCCGCAGCAUGAAGUGGCGCAGCGAUGGCCAGGAGAGGUAAGAAGCCCGUGGUGCGGACGCUGGAGGAUCUGACGCUGGACUCGGGUUAUGGUGGCGCGGCGGACUCGGUGCGCUCCUCCAACUUGUCCCUGUGCUGUUCCGACUCGCACCCGGCGUCCCCGUAUGGCGGGAGCUGCUGGCCGCCUCUAGCUGACUCCAUGCACAGCCGGCACAACAGCUUUGACACCGUCAACACUGCCCUGGUGGAAGACUCCGAGGGGCUGGACUGCGCCGGCCAGCACUGCUCGCGGCUGCUGCCGGACCUCGACGAGGUCCCCUGGACCCUCCAGGAGCUGGAGGCGCUGCUGCUGCGCUCGCGGGAUCCCCGGGCAGGCCCGGCGGCCCCCGGCGGCCUGCCCAAAGACGCGCUGGCCAAGCUGUCGACUCUGGUGAGCCGGGCGCUGGUACGCAUCGCCAAAGAGGCGCAGCGCCUGAGCCUGCGCUUCGCUAAGUGCACCAAGUACGAGAUCCAGAGCGCCAUGGAGAUCGUGCUGUCUUGGGGCCUGGCGGCGCACUGCACGGCGGCCGCGCUGGCCGCGCUGUCCCUCUACAACAUGAGCAGUGCCGGCGGCGACCGCCUGGGCCGCGGCAAGUCUGCGCGCUGUGGCCUCACCUUCUCCGUGGGCCGCGUGUACCGCUGGAUGGUAGACAGCCGCGUGGCGCUGCGCAUCCACGAGCACGCCGCCAUCUACCUGACUGCCUGCAUGGAGAGCCUCUUCCGGGACAUCUACGCGCGGGUCGUGGCCUCCGGGCUGCCCCGGAGCUGCAGCGGUCCCGGCCCGGGCUCUAGCUCAGGUCCAGGCCCCGGCGCGGCCCCCGCGGCGGAUAAAGAGCGGGAGGGGCCCGGAGGGGGAACGGCGAGCGGCGGCGCCUGCAGCGCAGCCAGCAGCGCCAGCGGGGGCAGCAGCUGUUGCGCCCCGCCGGCCGCCGCUGCCGCGGCCGCAGCCCCGCCGGCCGCCGCGGUUAACCACCACCAUCUCCACCACCACGCGCUGCACGAGGCGCCCAAGUUCACCGUGGAGACGCUGGAGCAUACCGUCAACAACGACUCCGAGAUAUGGGGGCUCCUGCAGCCCUAUCAGCACCUCAUCUGCGGGAAGAACGCCAGCGGAGUGCUGUGCCUGCCAGACAGCCUGAACCUCCACAGAGACCCCCAGCGGUCCAGCAAGCCGGGAGAGCUGCCCAUGUUCAGCCAGUCGGAGCUGAGGACCAUCGAGCAAUCCUUGCUGGCCACCCGCGUGGGCAGCAUCUCAGAACUGAGUGACCUGGUGUCCCGAGCAAUGCAUCACCUGCAGCCCCUCAACGCCAAGCACCAUGGCAACGGCACCCCCCUGCACCACAAGCAGGGGGCGCUCUACUGGGAGCCCGAGGCCCUGUACACGCUUUGCUAUUUCAUGCACUGCCCGCAAAUGGAAUGGGAAAACCCCAACGUGGAGCCUUCCAAAGUCAACCUCCAGGUGGAAAGGCCCUUCCUCGUGCUGCCGCCGCUGAUGGAGUGGAUCCGGGUGGCCGUGGCGCACGCCGGCCACCGCCGCAGCUUCUCCAUGGACAGCGACGACGUCCGCCAGGCGGCCCGGCUGCUGCUGCCUGGCGUGGACUGCGAGCCGCGCCAGCUCAGGGCCGACGACUGCUUUUGCGCGUCCCGGAAGCUGGACGCAGUGGCCAUCGAAGCCAAGUUUAAGCAGGACCUGGGUUUCCGGAUGCUGAACUGUGGGCGGACAGACCUGGUGAAGCAGGCGGUGUCUCUCCUGGGGCCCGAUGGGAUCAACACCAUGAGUGAACAGGGCAUGACCCCCCUGAUGUACGCCUGCGUCCGAGGGGACGAGGCGAUGGUUCAGAUGCUGCUGGAUGCCGGAGCUGACCUGAAUGUGGAGCUCCUCCUGGACGCCGGGGCCAAGGUGGAAGGCUCUGUGGAGCACGGCGAGGAGAACUACUCCGAAACGCCCCUCCAGCUCGCAGCUGCCGUAGGAAAUUUUGAGCUGGUUAGUUUGCUGUUGGAGCGUGGUGCGGAUCCCCUGAUAGGAACCAUGUACAGGAAUGGAAUUUCUACAACCCCCCAGGGUGAUAUGAACUCUUUCAGCCAGGCCGCAGCCCACGGACACAGGAAUGUGUUCCGCAAACUGCUCGCUCAGCCAGAGAAGGAGAAGAGUGAUAUCCUGUCCCUGGAGGAGAUUCUGGCCGAGGGGACUGACCUGGCGGAGACAGCCCCGCCCCCCCUGUGUGCCAGCCGCAACAGCAAGGCCAAACUGAGAGCCCUGAGGGAGGCCAUGUAUCACAGCGCUGAGCAUGGCUACGUGGAUGUCACAAUUGAUAUCAGGAGCAUAGGUGUCCCCUGGACCCUGCACACGUGGCUGGAGUCUUUGCGGAUCGCCUUCCAGCAACACCGCAGGCCUCUCAUCCAGUGCCUGUUAAAGGAGUUUAAGACCAUCCAGGAGGAAGAGUACACAGAGGAGCUCGUUACCCAAGGCCUGCCCUUGAUGUUUGAGAUCUUGAAAGCGAGCAAGAAUGAAGUGAUCAGCCAGCAGCUGUGCGUCAUCUUCACUCACUGCUAUGGGCCCUACCCCAUCCCCAAGCUCACGGAGAUCAAACGGAAACAGACCUCGCGCCUGGAUCCUCAUUUCCUUAACAAUAAAGAAAUGUCUGAUGUUACCUUUCUGGUAGAAGGAAGACCAUUUUAUGCUCACAAAGUGCUGUUAUUUACAGCUUCUCCAAGGUUCAAGGCGCUCCUCUCCAGCAAACCGACAAAUGAUAGCACCUGCAUAGAGAUCGGCUACGUGAAGUACCCCAUCUUUCAGCUGGUCAUGCAGUAUCUCUACUACGGCGGCCCAGAGUCACUUCUCAUUAAAAACAAUGAGAUAAUGGAGCUUCUGUCUGCAGCUAAAUUUUUCCAGCUGGAGGCUUUGCAGCGACACUGCGAGAUUAUCUGUGCAAAGAGCAUCAAUACGGACAACUGUGUGGACAUUUACAACCAUGCCAAGUUUCUUGGAGUCACAGAGCUCUCAGCAUAUUGCGAAGGCUACUUUCUCAAAAACAUGAUGGUCCUCAUCGAAAACGAAGCAUUCAAGCAGCUCCUGUAUGACAAAAAUGGCGAAGGGACAGGCCAGGACGUGCUCCAGGACUUACAGAGGACGUUGGCCAUCAGGAUUCAGUCAAUCCACUUGUCAUCUUCCAAAGGUUCUGUUGUAUGAGACGUGCAGUGCAGGGAACGCUCCCUGGGGACUCACCAGUUCUCCUGCUGCAUUGGCUUCACACACACACAUAUAAAUUUCACCAGGUGUCUGUUUUUGGCUGGGCCAAGGAGCUGUGUCUACUGCCUCAGCUUCUCUUGAAUAAGCAAAUUCAGCUCCCAUGUGUUCCUGUUGAAAAACAAAGGAUAGUCCACCGGUCUGCAGAUCAGAUUGCAGCUGGGUCCGGAGCUUGAAGGUCAACAUGGGGCAGCCAAGCUAACCCCCAUCUGAAUGCACCCCUGGGGCAGUUGAAUACCCAUUGCAGGGACCACUGUCGAAUGGAUGGAUCGAGAACUAAGGGUCGUUUGGUUUCCAGGUUGACAGCUGGAGAACUUAACUCUACCGACCCAAAGAGCAUCGAUGACCCAUUAAGGACUUUAGUAGCUGCAGUUCACCAAGAGUCAACUAUGGUAGCAAAUUGCUGAGACUAUUGCCAAUACCGAAGAAAUAAUUUGGCAAAUUUUUAGGGGUGGGAACUUUUUAAAAUGUUCAUAAAAAAAACAAGAACGGGGCAGCCUUGUAGUCUAAAAUAUAUUUCUAAAAGCUUAAAACAGUUCAUUUUCAACUGAGUUGUGUUUAGGGAUCUGUGUUUUGAGGUUAUUUUUUUUCUUUUCCUUUUUUUUAAAAAAACAGUAAGUCACAGGUCCACACUGUAUAACAUGCAUCUGACAAGAUAUUGCUGAUAUUCUAUACAAGGUGAAAUAAUCUUGCCUUAGUGAUCAUGGUUACACAAAAGAGGUGCACUGCCAAUAAUUAUCUAAUUCAGUAGUUGAAAACAGCCUGCAUGCUAAUCGUGGUUUCGGGGUGAGAUUUAAAUGCCCCCACAUAACAAAACGUGUUUGCAUGGGCGCAAACCUGUGAAAUGUUACGUUUGUGCUUCCUUUUGCCAAGAUAAAAAUGUUCCAUCACUUCUUGCUAAAAGUCCAUCUGGUGAAACUAACAUAUCCAUUUCUUUUCCUGAUUACGAACGAGUCUGGAUGCUUUUGCAGAAAUGUGUUCAUAGAUGAUGCUGAAUGGGGGGUGGGGGGGAGCACGUCAGAGAAUUUACUAUUAAUCUCAGAGUUCUCUCUGUAUUCUCAGAAGAUGUUAAUAGUUUGUUACUAGCCAGAGAAUAUGACUAUGUUAGAUUAUUUUUAAAGAUGAAACAUAUAUGAUAGGAUGGAUUCUUUCUGUAUUCUGAGAGUGUACAGUAUAGGGUUAUCUAUAAUGAAAGUUUAUAUCGACAGGGUUCUGUUUGCUCUGCCAUAUAUUAUAAGCAAAACAGAUCGGUGAGGUGCCACGAUAUUCUAAAUAAUUUUUGAGUUGCUGCCUGUUUUCUUGUCCUUUCAUUUGAAACCUAGAUACAUGCAGUAAAAACUGAGAGAAUGACUUUUACCACUUUGGGAUGGCCAAGUUUUGUUGAUAACCCUAUUUCCUAGCAUGCCUUUGGGAAGUUGUACACAGACCCUAGAUUCUAAAGGAGCUGCUGUUCAUCCGUCCUCCUCACUCCCUGAGCCAUUGUCCAGAGGACCAACGUCCAGUCCCGUUUCAUGGCUGUGACCCUUGGAGUACGCGGGCCACGCUGUCUACGGUAUUGGCCCUGCUGGGAUCCUGAUACACAAGGCCUCUCGUCUACUUGGUCAUUUACAAACCUCCCCAGGCCCUACCAUCAAAUGAGGAAAGGGG